CAAUCAUUUAGUUGAGCAGUGCGCAUUACAGCGGCUUGUCCACAGACAUGCGUCAGAGCGUAAACACUGAAUGUUCGGUACCAAUAAACCUCCUAUUUAUGGAUAUUUAGAGAGAGGAAUUGUAUGCACAUUAAACGGAAACCAUGAGCACCGUAUUCUGCUGUGUUUUGGUUGCAUUAUUCUCAAUGGCUGUUUGCAUGGACUUUGAGGAGAGACCCAGCUCCAGGAGGAGUGAACAAAACAUGUUUCUAAAGAGACACAAAAUACGAAAUCUGCUCAGUUUGAGAGAUUUACACCAGCCGGAACAUGUAAAGAUGAAAAGGAGUGAAGAAUCCGCACAAAAUCAGUGUGAAUCGUUGCACGGCUAUGAAUCUACAUUGAGAAAUAAUACUAACACGUAUAACUUCAAUGACCUGAGUGGUUCAGUAUCUCUGGCCUGGGUUGGAGAUGGCACAGGGGUAUUGCUGGUGUUGACCACUUUCCAGGUUCCUCUUUUUAUCAUGCGGUUCGGUCAGUCCAGACUCUACAGAAGUGAAGACUAUGGAAAGACUUUUCAGGACAUCACUGACCUCAUUAACAACACCCUCAUACAGACCGAGUUCGGCAUUGCAAUUGGUCCUGAAAAUUCAGGCAAGGUGAUCCUAACAGGUGAUCUAUCCGAGGGAAGAGUCACUCAAAUUUUCCAUUCGGUUGAUUUUGGGAAUAGCUUCGUAACCUCUGAGCUUCCCUUCCAUCCCUUAAUGCAGAUCACCUACAACCCCAGAGACAGCAACAUACUCAUGGUCUACAGCAUCAGUUAUGACGUUUGGCUGUCUGAAGACUUUGGAGCCAACUGGAGGAAGAUCCAUGAGACAGUAUGUCUUGUGAAAUGGGGAAUUGAUGACACCAUUUUCUUAACAACAAACCCCAAUGGAUCCUGCAGUGACCGGGGAAUGCUAGAACUGAGAAAGUCUUUAGACUAUGGCAGAACAUUUAAGACUAUCGGAAGCAAGAUCUAUUCUUUUGGGAUUGGUGGACGCUUUGUUUUUGCUUCUGUCAUGACAGAAUUGGGCUCCACACGCAUGAUUCAUGUGUCGGUAGAUCAGGGUGAGACGUGGAACAUGGCUCAGCUCCCCACUGUUGGCCAUGAACAGUUCUACUCUAUUCUGGCUGCCAACGAUGAUAUGGUCUUCAUGCACGUAGAUGAACCUGGAGACUCAGGUAUUGGUACCAUCUAUGUGUCUGAUGACCGGGGCACAGUGUUUUCCACGUCCCUGGGACGUCAUUUGUAUACUACGACGGGUGGAGACACUGACUUUACCAACAUCACCUCUCUGAGAGGGGUCUAUAUGACCAGUGUGCUCGCAGUGGAUGGCUCUGUGCAGACAAUGAUCACAUUUAAUCAAGGGGGAGAGUGGCGACCCCUGCAGAAGCCCUGGAAUGGAGUAUGUGACUCCACAACCGAGCACCCAGACAAGUGUAGUCUGCAUAUUCACGCCUCCUACAGUAUUUCUAUGAAACUGAAUGUGCCUAUGCAGCCCCUAACAGAGCCCAAUGCUGUGGGACUCAUCCUGGCCCAUGGGAGUGUUGGUGGAGCCGUUUCUGUGCUUUCUCCAGACGUGUACGUGUCAGACGACGGGGGUUACACAUGGUUUCAGGCUCUGAAAGGCCCACACCACUAUGCCAUACUGGAUUCAGGGGGUCUGCUGGUAGCUGUGGAGCACAACCCAUCACACCCCAUCUCACAGAUCAAAUUUUCCACUGAUGAAGGUCAAUGUUGGCAUGUGUUUAAUUUCACUGAUGACCCAAUAUAUUUCACUGGAUUGGCAUCAGAACCUGGUGCCCGUUCAAUGAACGUCAGUCUGUGGGGCUACAGGGAGACCGUCCUUAAUCAGUACUGGGUUUCUGUCACUAUAGACUUCAGGCAGUUGCUCUCCAGAGACUGUCGGGAAAGUGACUACAUCCAGUGGCUCGCCCACUCCAGCGAUAUUAGUGACCCCACUGACGGGUGCAUGCUGGGAUACAAGGAGAGGUUUCUACGGUUACGAAAAGACUCAGUCUGCUGGAAAGGUCGAGAUUACGCGGUCAUGAAGGAGCCCACCACGUGCCCCUGCACCCUCGCUGAUUUUCAAUGUGACUUUGGGUUCUACCAUGAAGAAAACAGCUCUGUGUGUGUGGAGCAGCCUGAUCUUAUUGGCCAUUCACUGGAGUUCUGCCUGCAUGGACACAAAGAGCAACUUCAAACUAGCGGUUAUCGGAAGAUUCCAGGAGAUCAUUGUAAUGGAGGAAUGACUCCAGAAAGAAAAGAGAUUGAUCUGAGUAAGAAGUGUGUUAGUAACUUACUGAGUCCGGAGCUACUGACAGAGUCCCCCUCAGUGAACUCAGGUCCUAUUAUAGCUGUGGUAAUCACGAUUCUGUUGAUCAGUGCUAUCGCUGGGGUUCUCUUCAUCAAAAAAUAUGUCUGUGGAGGAAGGUUCCUUGUACACAGGUACUCAGUAUUACAACAGCACGUUGAAGCUAACAGUAUUGAUGGUGUGGAUGACCUGGAUACACUGGAGGUUGGCAAGAUGGAUUACCAUGAUGAUUCAGAUGAGGACCUCCUAGAGUGACAUCAAAAUGAUGGACUAUAUCCAAUUCCAUUUGAGUAAAACCAUAAUGCCUAGCCUUUCCAUGCCCUCUAUGUGUGUGUGUGUGUGUGUAUCUGUGUUCCAAUGCCUACCAGAUAAUAACACACAUUCUGACUGUAGUGUGUCUUCCCAGUUCAUUGGAUUCUGACUAGUUGGGACAAAUCUUUUAAUUCAGCCCAACAAGACUUUCCAGAAGGACAAGAACAGAGAAAGUUUUUCCUUAAGAGUUUUCUGAUCAACUGCGGAAUUAACUACUUCAUACCCGUUUAUCUGUCAUUAUUUCCUGAUUUAUUUUCUUUUUUUUUCUUUUUUCAUUUCAGAAUAUGACAUAGUAUUUUGGAUGCAUAAAGGAUUUAUGUGAAUUUCAAUUGAGAGUUGCAAUAUAUUGUGAGUUUAUGUGAAAUGACAUGGACACCUUGAAGUCCGGUGGCUUUCAGCAUAUUGUAUAACAAACUAAUACUCUAUAUUGCCACUGAUAUUUGAGCAAUAUAUAAUGAGAAAGAGAUACAGUAAGGUUUGAAACAUAGUUAAAACUGACAUAAGUGCUUAUUGUUGCAUUGCUGGAUGCCCUGCAUCAGGUAUUAACUCCACCAAAGGAUUGUCCUGCUUUAUAUGUUUGCAUAUUUAGAAACUGGUUUGAAGUCUCCCUGAGAUAUUUCAGAAAGUCUGUUUUUUGUUUUGUUUCUCACACACAUUUGUGAGCAAAUCAAAACAGGAUUAAUGUGAAGUGUUUAAAGUUAAACGUUCAAGUGACAUCAUUUUCUCAAAAGCUAAAAGCCAAGCUUAAUGUUUGACUGUUACAGGGAUAUUCAUUACAGAAGUACAUUGCAACUUGUUUCUUUAUUACACUAAUACCCUUGGAAAUACGAUUUGGAUCUUUAAGAUACUAUAAGUCAAACCUUACAUUGCCUUUUAGAGGUGACAUUCACUGUAAUUUCUAAUUGUUUUUCUUCUUCUUUUUUGACAUUCCUGUGUGCUUAGAUAUACAAUGCACUUUGCAUAUCUUCUAUGCACAAAUAAGGAUACAUUCCCGUAAAUAAGGACACAUUCCUUCUUCCAGUUGAGUAUUUCAAGUGUUACUAAUUUUAUUCUGUUUUGUAGUGUUAUAUUGUCAUUAGAUUUAAAGAAAAGAUUGACCAUUGACUGAAUCAUUUGGGGAUUUUAAGAAAUGGUACAUUGUCUUAAAAGCGUGGUUUGCAAUCAUCCUAAAUGUGGCGCACAUUUCAGAUGGAAUAAAUCAGUACAUAAAACAUAAUAGCAAUGCAGUAUCAGCAAUAAUAGUAUAUACAAUAACAAGACAAAAUGUUUCAUGUUAAUAAUGACAUUUAAACGUUUUUACCGAAUAUCAACACAUCCUUCAUUAGGAUGUUUACAAUAUUUAGUGUACUACAGUAAUUACCAGCCUAAUCAAAUAUGAAACUAUAUUUUUGGGGACUGUUUUGACUCAACUCAUAAGCUAAUUUGUAGUCAAUAAGCUGAUCAAGUUUUGAGUGCAGUUUUUUGCACGCUCAAAGAAAUAGAUACCUCAGGGUUUAUAGAUGACAGUGGAUCACUCAUUUCAUUAAUGGUUAUGCAUGACAAAUGAAAGCUCAUUUGUAAAAGAGAGUUUAAUUAGGAUGAAUGUGGCUCUUCUAAAGCCAAUGUUUGACACGCUGUACCAUUAAAUGUGACUGCCAAUAAAAAAUAAAUUCAAUAAAAAACAUUUCCACACUCAUUGAC